AUGGACCUGCUGGAGGAGUUCAUGCCCGGCAUGGGGGACGUGUUGGCCGCCCAGGAGAACGCGCUGACGUCGGUGGUGGCCACGCUCACCUCGCAGCUGCAGCUUCUGGCGGCCGCGAACGAGCGGCAGACGCAGAAGAUCACGCAGCUCGAGUCCACGCAACUGACAAUGCGCCUGGCCCCCUCACCGCCCGAUUCUUCGGUCGUCGACGCACUGGCGACGCUGUCCACGCGGAUGGAGCAGCUGCAGCAGAACGUGCAGCAGCAAGUGGCCGAGCAGAUGCAGCAGGCGCUCAUCAACGUGCUACGGAGCGAGGCAACGAACAGUUUGGCCGAGAAGGCCAAGCAGACGGAGGAGGCCGUGAAGAUGCAGCUCGAGCAGCUCGAGAAAAGGUUCGACUACCUGUCGAGG